UCUUUGUGUAGGCAUAACCAUUCAUCAUUGGGACGUGAAUAGCAGCUGUCACGGUAACCUCUUCUUCUACAAAGGAAACAAACGAAGAUGGCACGAAAUUAAAUUCAUUCAUCACCCUACUUUUCUAUUGUCUUCUCAAACUAAUUGGAGUAAUCGCGUGGGUUUUAAUGACUUUUUGUUUGAUGGUCUCAUAGAGCAUGUGUUAUUUUGAGCGGGGCUUGUGUGCAGCAAAGCUGUUUACAUCUCCGCGGGGACAUCCAAUCUGCUUCCAUCUGGCGUCUCGCAUCACGAUUGGGUGUAACCAAUCAGAGACGACAGUUGGCUGCCACCGCCAAGCUUGUGUGCAGAGUUCGGCACACAGGAAGUGAGGAGAGGACCAGAAGACUUCUCUCGCCGUCACUGUCACACAAUUAGUCAAAGAUAGCUGGAUUUUAGUUUUUUUAUUUUCUGUUUGUUUUUUAUCUACCCACUUCCGAGGUGCAGCAUACCGGAACUAAGUGAAGGAUAAAGAGUUCUGCUGGGAAGCUGAGCUGCAGUCUAAGGUCUGGAGAAGCUUCCCUUUGCCCCCAAUAUGAUGGCCAACACUGUUGGAGCUGCCACUCUUUGUGGAGAUCUCAAGGCCUUUCUGAGCAACCAGAACCUGCCUAAAGGCAACAUUUCCCUGAUAACGCAAUCCAGCUACAGUCCCGCCACCAAGAUUACUCUGGGAGCUGUGAACUCCAAUGUGGGGACCCCAAUGAUCAUAAGCACGCCGCAGAGAGUCCCUCACUCGGGCAGCAUCAUCAUCGGCAGCCCGUUCCAAACACACACACACACACACACACACACACCCACAGCCAUGGUGACGCAAAUCCGGGCGCCAGAGGCCAACGAGUGGACCCCUGGGGCCAAGAAGCGCACCCACGAGUUUGUAGAGUCCUAUCUGUCUGACCGGGAUGGACUGUGCUCCAGUGACUCAUCAGCCAGCAAGCGUAUGAAGAAGGGUGAUAAGAAUGGCAAGGGCCUUCGCCACUUCUCCAUGAAGGUGUGUGAGAAGGUCCAGAAGAAGGGCACCACCACCUACAACGAGGUGGCCGACGAGCUGGUGGCAGAGUUCACCAACGCCAGCAACAACGUCAUACCAGCCGACUCUGUGUACGACCAGAAGAACAUCCGGCGGCGUGUGUAUGACGCGCUGAACGUGCUCAUGGCCAUGAACAUCAUCUCCAAAGAGAAGAAGGAGAUCCGCUGGAUCGGCCUGCCCACCAACUCAGCCCAGGAGUGCCAGAACCUGGAGCUUGAGAAACAGAAACGCCUGGAAAGAAUCAGGCAGAAACGAGCCCAGCUGGAAGAGCUUAUACUACAGCAGAUCGCCUUUAAGAACCUGGUGCAGAGAAACCAGACUGCAGAGGCAGAAUCCCAGAGCCCUCCCCCGCCCGGCUCGGUCAUCCAGCUGCCCUUCAUCAUCCUCAACACAGACAUGCGCACCGUCAUCGACUGCUCCAUCUCCAACGACAAGUGCGAGUACCUUUUCAACUUCGACAACACGUUUGAGAUCCACGACGACAUCGAGGUGCUGAAGCGCAUGGGCAUGUCCCUGGGCCUGGAGAACGGCUCGUGCGCCGCCGAGGGCCUCAGCCUGGCGCGCUCGCUCGUGCCCAAGUCCCUCCAGUGCUACGUCACAGCCAUGGCCAGAAAUUCCAGUCGGACACCCCUCAGCCACACAAGUUCUCUCCCGGGUGAUCUAGACUCUUCUUCACUCAGCGGUGGGCGGAGCUACAGCCGCAGUAGCACCGCCCACUCUCACGCCUCAGAAUCCCGUAGCUCCUUCAACGAGGAGGAUGAGGAAGAGGACGACGAUGAACCCUCAUCGCCCGAGUGACCGAUCCAAAAAUAACGCCUGACCAAUCAGCAUCCCGGACUGGGACGAAUAAAUAAAAAAUGAAAAUAAAGACUUAAAAUGCACCCAUUAUCCCUAUACGAGGAAUUGGGCGGAUGCUAUACAGGAAAUAAGCUGCCAUUUUUGUUUUCUAUUAAUAAGAUAUGUUAGGAAUAUAUCUCUCCAUCUCGCUUCCUGUCUCUUUCGUUCUCUCACUCCCACUCUCUAUAAAUGAUGGAGUCCAUUGUGCCUCCUAGACAAAUGUGUGUAUAUGUGUGUGUGUGUGUGUGUGUGAGAGAGUGUGUGAGAGAGAGAGAGCGCCUGAUAGUGGAGUGCUCAGAGAUUCAGAGCUUGAGCGAGUUGCUCCGUGAGCUGCGGCAGACCAGUGACUGAAGACGUGAGUGACACUGAGAAUUCUACCGACGCCACUCAGGCCCUUUUCCAACACCCCUCAAAAAAACUCCGAGCGCUGCUCCCCGCCCACCCGCGGGGGUGUACUUCUAUUUAUUUCCACGCUCAGUUGAAAACGUAGUCCAGUGAUUUUACUGUGACGAUUUAGUUUGCUUUCCUUAGACUCCUUCUGACCUGGGUUGAGAUCGCUUCUGGUCCCACUCUCCAUCCUAUGUUCGCUCAUUUAAGGGAACUUGUUGGCAUCUUUCAGUCUUCAAACUGCGUUUUGUAGACUAUUUUUGUAUUUUUUUCCCUAAGAAUUAUCAAACAUCCUACCUUUUUUAAGCGUUGCUAAGGAUUGUCGAUCCACUAUUGUUAUUGUUAUUUGAUUGUAUAGCCAAUCGUUUAGGUUUCAUGCUCAUCUUUCACUACAUCUGCUAUUGCGGAGACCUCCUGAAGCGUUUUAAAGAGGUGCAUUAGGGGAGAUGUAGUCGUGUGCGUGAGAAGUAGUAUAGCAUCUCUCAUUCCUUAUUUUUGGUUGUUAUCCCAAAGCCGAUGUAAAAAAUAAAAAUUAAAAAAAAACUCUCCCAGACACACUGCCUUGCGUUCUGAGACACACUGGUUGGUUAUGUUUUUUAAAAGGACAGAUUACUAAUGAAAUGCCGGAAGUAAAGGCAUUUUCCUCCUGUUUGUAUUCUCGCGUUAACGUUCUGCUCUGUAUUUGGAAAUGUAACUGUGUAUGUAUAUAUCUAUGCAUAUAUAAACAUAUAAUUUUGGUUA